UCGGUAGUGGAAAGCACGUGUCCGCCGAAGAGAGGACGUUCGUUCGACGCUGGAAGCAAAACUGAAAUUUCUCAGAAAAAUGCUCCACUCUCUGCACGCAACCCUUUUUUCCGAUUUCUGAAGAGAACCUUUCUCUCCUCCUUCUCUCUACACUUUCUUAACCUUUCCUCUGAGAAAACACCCGUUUCAUCUACUCUAAUCACCGUUCAGGCAGUGGAAGCAUUCCCGGAGUCUCAAGCUCCAUCUUUAACCGAUUGGGUUUCCAGUCUGAGCUGUUUGGAGGAGUGAGUGAGCAUUGAAAGUAGAAGAAAUCUUAGUACCGAGAAGUGAGAAUUAUCCUGAAGGACGUACGUUCACACUAGAGAGAACAAAUGGCACCUAGACUCCCUCCUCCCCCGCAACCUGCUGAACCUGAUACGUCCAACAACUCUAGGUUGUUGGAGACAGUAAUUGAUAGACUGCAACAACAGAAUACUACGUUGAUGGAGCAGAACGCCACACUGAUGCAGCAAAACCAGAACGCUAUGCAGAGUAUGGAGGCCUCUCGUGCCAGUUCUGAAACGACUCAAAGGCAGUUAAUGGAGAUCCUAGCUACUACCAGACACACCCCGGGAGCGUCCUCUUCUAACGCUGCCCAGCCUGCUGCUGAGUGGAGCUUGGAGAGUUUUCUCCAACACCAUCCGGUUAAGUUCAGUGGAAAGGGCCUCCCUGACGAGGCGGAUCAGUGGUUAAGGGACAUGGAGAGGAUCUUCAACGCCAAGAGGUGUCCAGAUGAGAACCGUUUGGCGUUCACGGAGUAUUUAUUGACUGGGGAAGCAAGCCACUGGUGGGCGAGUACAAGAGCUAUUCUGGUAGACACCCAACGUCCUAUCACUUGGGAAGUAUUCCGUAGCAAGUUUUAUGAGGAGUACUUCCCUGACAGCGUCCGGUUUGCGAAGGAAGUGGAGUUUGUACAGCUGGUUCAAGGUGGGAUGUCGGUUUCCGAGUAUACCAAUAAGUUCAAGCACCUUGUUCGGUUCAAUACGAUGGCCACUAGUGAGGAGUGGCAGUGCAGGAAGUUUGAGAACGGACUGCGAAGUGAUUUGAAGGUAUUAAUCUCCAGUUUGUGCAUCCGGUCGUUUCCUGCUAUGGUUGAGCGGGCGAAGGUAUUGGAGAAAAAUAUGGCAGAGGCCGAACGACAGAAGAAGCAGCAACAGAUAGCUAGGGGACCGGUCUCGUCCAAGAGCAGUAUGAACUUGAGCAGAAGUCCUUACGCUCGUCCUACACCAUCACCUGUUUCUAGUGGGUCUCAGUCACAAUCUCUGGUUGUUGUCAAUCGGUCUGGACAACAAGUGGCAGUGACGUGUUUUCAUUGUGGAGGACCACACUACCGUUCGUCAUGUCCCCAGUUGUUGGGAGGAAGGUUUUGCACUCGUUGUAGGAGGAGCGGACAUCUGGAGAGCGAGUGUAACAUAGGAGGACGAGUGGCAAUGAGGCCGCCAAACGCUGGGAGAGCACAACAAGAGAGAGGUGGACGAGCGCAAGCAGUGGGAAGAGUGUACGCAAUUACGGGCGCUGAAGCUGCUAGCUCGGGUAUACUCUUCACUGUAAUUGCUUAUUGUAUGAACUGCCUUACCAUGCGUCAUUUAAUUGUUGUGAUAACAAAGUUGUUUGGUCUGGUGGUGUAAACACCAGCAAUUGGAUUAGUUUGGAUACCCGACCAGUGAGAUAGAUUUUUAUUACUAUGUUAGUGAGAGUGUUAUUUGCUAGAAUUGACUAACUUAGGAGAGACUUAACGUGAAU